AAUAACCUUGGAGAAGGAAACGCCGGACUCUUCUUUUAUGGGAUCAGGGGAUCAGAUCACAAUCAAAACAGAUUAUAAUUAACCAGGAGUGUUUGGACUCUUGUUCACGCUUGUUGACGAUCAAGCCGUUUGUGGAGUAGAUUUUUUUUGUAGUAGUGGUGUAUGGAUUAGGACACCGGCUCAGUAGUGGUGGCACAACUGAGGAGCCGACGCUGUGAAGUGAAAGUAUUCAUUGAUUCAUCAGAUUUAUUGUGUCAGAGCACAAAGCCUUGUCUGCUUCAUCUAGAGCGCCCGCCCAUUGGGGUUUCUGCGGAGCGAUAGUGGGAGAUUGAUUGUAGUCUCCGGGAUUUGCCGUGGAGAAAGCCAGAGCCUGUCUGGACUGCGAUUUGCUCUCUCAUCAGAGGAAGAGCUGGAUAGGAAAUUUGACUUUAUUUCAGCCUAGCUGCGUACAGAUCUGCCUGUAGGCUACACGUUUAGUUCUCUGGCCGUGUCUUUAACCAGGUAUCCGAAUAACGCGCGAGUCACGCAGGACUUUUUGUCUUUCACCGAGGAGGCUGCAAGCGUGAAUCGCCUCCGCAGUCUCGGAUGCGUAGUAAACGGGGAGUGGGUUGGGUCGCCCAGGCGCCUGGCAUACGCACACGUCGUCAGCGAUAAUUAAAAAAAAAGAGAGAGAGAUAGGUGAGGGUGAAAGCGAGGGGAAGAGAGACCGGAGGCUUUGUGAAGCAGGAGGACACCGGGGAGGUGAGUCGGACACUGACUGUGGAUUUGACUCCCAAAUACAAGCCCCGGCAGCUUUUGUCGCCCGGGAUUCGUAGAUCCUCCUCUUCUUCCUUAUUCCGGACAAGUGGUCAAGCACAGCGUCAAACCCGGCCAGGCAUCCCCUCGUCAUAUUGGAAGUGAAUCUGCGGGGCAACAUACAAUGGCAACCGGUGCGCUCCUUCUAGCCUGUGCUCUGUUUGCCGGUGUUGCCGUGGCCCAGAGAGUUGUAACUGUGCAGAGUGGACCGUUGAUACGGACCGAGGGCUCCCAUGUGACCAUCUUGUGCAACGUGACGGGCUACAAAGAGGGGCUGGAGCAGGACUUUGAGUGGUCCAUGUACCUGCCAUCAGUACCGGACAGGGAGAUCCGCAUCGUGAGCACUGCUCAGCCAAACUAUGCCUACGCUGUUUAUGCCCAGAGGGUGAAUAGCAAAGAGAUCUAUGUGGAGAGGCUGAGCGGCGACUCAUCCAUGCUUCACAUCACCAAAGUGCAGGCCAAGGACCAGGGUCUAUUUGAGUGUUACACACCCAACACAGAUGGCCGGUACCUGGGAUCCUACAGUGCACGCACCAACCUCACUGUUAUUGCUGACUCAUUGACAGUAGCAGCUCAAGUCCAGACUCUGUCCAAGGUGGAGGGCGACACACUGCAACUUACCUGUGAAGUGUCUCGCACCACAAUGCAACACACUCACUUGUCAGUGGGUUGGUACCUGCGGUCCCCGGAGGACGGAGCUGCUCCGCCUCAAGAGCUGGUCACUCUGUCAAGGGAUUUUGUUCUGCGCUCCGGGGGAUUGUACCGGCAAAGGAUGAUCGCAGGGGACCUCAGACUUGACAAAACCAGUGCCACGUCCUACAGGCUGACCAUUCAUAAGCUGCAGCCAGUGGACCAGGGCCUGCUCUACUGCCAGGCUGCUGAGUGGAUUCAGGACCCAGAUGACAGCUGGUUUGCCAUGACACGCAAGCAGAGUGACAAGACUCAGCUCCGCGUUCAACCCACUGAUCGGGACUUCAGCAUCCAGGUGAGCACGGAGCGACGGUCCUUCACGGCCGGUGAGCCGCUGGAGCUUCGCUGCACCAUUGAGGCCCAGAAUGUCCCCGAGCGCUUCUUCUCGGUGUCGUGGGUCUUCAGCAGCUCACCGGUGGCCGUGGUGGGCCCCAGUGCCGUGCCUGUCCUGGGCUCCGAUUAUGUCGACCGCGAGGCUGCUGGUCACAUGACUGUGCGUAAAGAGAGCAACAACGUGCACCUGCUCAAGCUGCAGCACCUACGCCCUGAGGAUUCUGGAAAAUACAUUUGCCGUGUGACGGAGCGAGAGAAGACACCAACGGGAGACUUCAUCGACCGCAGCAAGAGGUCCCGUAAUGUUCAAAUCACAGUCCAGCCACUCAAGAGCAACAUCACAGUGUUGCUGUCCAGUAACUCCUCAGAGGUCCUAGAGGGCAACGUGAUGCAGUUGACCUGCUCAGUGCACUCUACGACAGGCCCCCUGUCUGUCAUCUGGCAGUGGACGGACAAGCAAACAACCGGACCAGCCCAAGAGGUGGCCUCUGUGGAUCGGGAUGGCACUGUAUGGCAUAGCCCCAAUUACAGAGAGCGCUCCAGCUAUGGAGAGAUUCGUGUGGAGAAGGUGCGGGCUGACACAUUCUCUCUGUCCCUGUAUAAUGCCUUGCCUGGAGACGAGGGCCAGUACCGCUGCACAGCCACUGAGUGGUUUCAAACCGGAACUGAACCAGAUCUAACCUGGGAGAAGAUAGGAGAGAAGUCAGCCACCAAGACAAUCACUGUUAAGACUGUUGAAUCCUCCUUCAUGGUAUCCGCCUCGUCACGGACACCAUCCGUAACAUUCGGAGACUCCUUUGACCUCCUGUGCCUGGUCAAGCCCCGUCACAACCCUCGUGUCCCCACAUCCGUCACCUGGCGCUUCAUGCCAGCUGGCUCAGAAGUGGACGACGAGAGCCAGGGAGAGUUCAAAGAUCUGGUGACUUUCACCCGAGAGGGCACGCUGCAGUGGGGGGAACAGUUGCUAGGACUGGGUACUCGCACCACGGUGGACCGUUCCCACUCCAACACAAAUUUCCGGCUAUCAGUGACACGGGCAGGACGCCGCGAGGCAGGCAAAUACCAGUGCACUGCCGUCCUGUGGAGGAAGAAUUACGACAACAGCUGGAGCAGAGUAGCCAACCGUACAUCCAACCUGCUUGGCAUCAGCGUCCUACAGCCAGAGAGUAAGCUGCGAGUGCAAAAGACCAACCAGUCUCAGGUGUACCUGGAGGACAGUCGUGUCAGGAUCAAUUGCUCCAUCGCCUCCCAGACCAGCCAGGACUCCCAGCACGCUGUGCUGUGGUACGUGAGGCGCGCAACGGGGUCAGAGGCUGAUGAGCUCCUGCUGAGAAUUGAGCGCUCUGGGGCCUUUGAGUAUGGCGCCUACGCGGAUGAAGAGAGACUGCGACGCCGUGUACAGGCGGAGAGGCUGUCACCUCGCCUCUAUGUGCUGACACUGAACAAGGCAGAGAGCAGCGAUUCUGGGACAUAUUACUGCCUGGUGGAGGAGUGGCUGAAUGACCCAGAUGGAGCAUGGUAUCGACUCUCCCGGGAGUCCUCAGGGUUCACGCAGGUUCUGGUUCGACAACCAGAGGUUCGACUGCAGGUGGAGGAGAUGGAGUCAAACGUCACAGUGCCGGAGUCUGGCUCUAUCCGACUGGGCUGUAGCAUUCCUUCUCAGUCCUCCCGGGACUCCCGCUUCUCCGUGUCCUGGUACGUGGAGCGCUCCGAAGAUAAUGAUGUGGAGGAACAGCCGGGCGAUGAAGAGAGAGAGCGGGAGUGCGUGUUCUCCAUAGGACACGAUGCUGUUUUUGGAAAUGGAAACUGCAGCCCCAGAGAGGAAGCAGGGCCAAAUUCACGCCUGCAGUUCGAGCGGAUGACCUCCGACCAGUACAGCCUAACCAUUCAAGGAGCACGGCCAACAGACACAGGCCGAUACUACUGCCAUGUAGAGGAGUGGCUGCUUAAUCCCCGCAAUGCAUGGUACCGCCUGGCUACCAAUAAUUCUGGGCUAACUAUCGUCAAUGUACUGCAACAAGUGUCCACUCUCCAGUCGGUUGUGUGCUCCAAUGACUCCCUCUUCUACUUCGUCUUCUUUUACCCAUUCCCCAUCUUCGGCAUCCUCCUCAUCGCCUUGCUGCUAGUGCGCUACAAGAGCCGCAACAAUAGCAAGAGCCAAGAAGGCAAGAACGGUGCCCCGCUCCUGUGGAUUAAAGAACCUCACCUUAGUUACUCUCCCACAUGUCUGGAUCCACCUGCACUCAGCUUGCACCCCGGCUCCGUUGACUAAGCGAGGGUCCUGCAUUCUGCCACGCGCACAUCGCGGAUCCAGCCAACAGAAUGUCAGGGAGCGUAUCUGGACUCCACCUUCAGACCUUACUGUCGUUCACUGCUGUGUUGAGUUAGUCAAUCAGUUGAUCAGUUUAAAAAUUCCAACCCUGGUGGAUGCCUGUUUUAUGGUGUGCGUGUGUGUGAGUGUGGACUGGAAUGGGUGUGCCGUGUUACCACGAGUAAUUGUGCGAGUGAGAAUCGAAGGGCAAGAGAGUACCAUGAGCCUCUCAAUUAUUUGUUUUCUGUGAAACUUAGUCUCAUAGCUGCAUUUUGAUUUUUAUUAUUCUGAAUAUUUGUCUAUUUUUCAAAAGAAAAGAAACUGUGCACAUGGGAUCAUUGGCCAAUCUGGGAAGAACAUUUAAGAGAAGGAACUCUAUAAUCAACUCCGGCAAUGAGUGGAUGCCAAAAAAGUCUUCGCAAUGAUCCAAGAGCAGCCUGGCCCACUAUGUUGGUUGCCAUAGUAAUGCUCUGCUCCCACUGACUCCGUAGCUGAUGACUUGGUUGCCAGCCUGCAUAGAGACAAAGCAAAGGACACACAAGUCUGUGUCCUAAGUGAGGAUGUGUGUAUGUGUGCCGGCCCACCUGCCUCCACAAUGAAUUUGCCUUGGCAGACAGAAACAGGUCCUGGUGCGCCACUUAAACACUGCCAGACACUCUGGCCUUAGUGAGAGACUGCUCCGCUCUUCUCUUCUAUCCUCCUCCUCUCCAAAAAGAGACAGCGAGAAAAGAAAGAGGGAGGGAAGGAGGUCGGAAAGGAUGGAGAAUAAAUGAACAGCUCUCCUGCUGAGAUAUACGUAUUUUGACAUAAGGGAUUUUUUUUUUCAGUGCCAAGACCUCCUUAUUUCCACGCUGUCCUCUGCAGCUAAUGUUUGAAGUUUUAAAGAGAGGAGGAAAGCGGAUUGGUUCUGAGGCAGAUUGAAUAUGUCUGCUUACCUCCUGCUGUGGGUUUAGGGGCCUUGUAGGCAAAAGGGCAAUUUUUACACUCAUGUUAAAUCAGUUGAAUUGUCCUGCUUACAUUACACAGUGGGGGUUAUUGACUGAAAUUAAAUUCUUGCACAUUUCUUUAAGUUGCCCUGUACAACCACUAUGUCCUGUCUUUGAAAGAUAUCAGAAUUUGAAAAGAUGCAUAUUAGUUUAAAAAAGACUUUUGAUUUAUUAAGAGCCACACUGAAGAUUACUGAUAUGUAGAUGUGUAGGAAAUCACUCUAAAAAUGUUAUCUGCACAUUACAUGAAAACUCAUUUAUGGGCGGGGGCAAAUGUUUGACUUUUGUGUUUAUUUUAAAGAUUUUUCUAUUUAUUGUUUUAUACUACUUUGCAUAGCUUUGUAAGAUUUUCUUUUUUGCUUUGAAAUUCCUUAAGAACUGUGCUGCUUGUGUUGCCAGGCAACUGCACCAAGUAGAUUAUGUCAAUAGCCUGUGUGAUGGCAAUGUGGUAGAUGUAGAAAUGCUAGAUUUGUCCUGCGCAUUGCAGUCUGUAGCAUUUCAUACCAGGUUGUCAAGUUCGGUCAGUGUCAAAACACUGUAUAUCUAUACCUAUAAUGAAAUUUACUGUGGCUUUACAUGUACAAUAGUUGAACAGAAAAGUCACAAAAAUGGAUUCACUUGAUGCUUUUUGCUUGAGUCGCUUUUAUUUAGUGAAAUGUGAUGUAACACCUAGGUAGGAUGUUUGAUCAAAGACUGAUGAAACUGAACUGUUAGAACAUCUUCUAAUCAUGGAUUCUAGCUGAGGGCGUCCUCCUCAGCUCCCCUGACACAAGGCAGAAGGGUUGCAAAUCUGUCACCUUUCCCUGGAAUGCAACAGCCAGGAGAGGUGUGAAAUCCUCUACCCGAUCUGGGCCUAACCCUCUCACUGCCAGACUGGACAUGAAAACUCUCGAAACUUGACAUUGUUCUUUCAAUCGUGUCAACAUGUAUAUUGCAUGACAAUAUUGCAGGAGGAAUUUUGAUGUUUUGUAAACUUUGAACUCUUUGAGCAUUGUGUUUGUGUGACAGAGCAGUGCCCAAACCCCCCCAACUUCCUGAGCCAAGCGCCAACGCAAAGCCUGGUCCCUCGUUAUUUACGAUAUCUGACUGCCAAUUCCAGAUGUCCUUCAAUCAUGUGAAGUGGUUUAUUUCAAGAAUGGCUGUUGUGGAGAUUGUGUUUGAUAUUAUUGCUAAUAGUUGUCUUUUUAAAUGCUUUGCUUCUUGCAGCAUUCAUUAAACAGAUUUGUGUCAAAACACCAAAAGCAAGUAACUGAUACUCACACAAAUCA